AUGCGUACAAUGGAGGCGAGCUCAACAAGAAAGAACCGCAAUGCUUUGCUUACUCAUCUUCUUAUCAACAGAAUAGGGAAGCCCUCACUCAAAGCGUUCCUAUACGCGUACCUUUACUUAGUUCUUCCAAAGGUGAUCAAAGCCAUUGUUAGUGCGGUGAAGAAGGGUAAAUAUGACAGGAUGAUACCCAGGAUGAAAAAAACUAUGGUAAAAGCCUUACACCCACGCAAGUUUCCAAUGUUUGCUGCGAGUUUGAUUACCGGUAUAAACGUUUUGGAACCCUUGGUGUAUGGACUUCUCAGGAAAACUAGAUUUUUAAAGAGACCUUCUUCGGCAUUAUUUGUUUCUACGUUGGUUUCAGCUUUAGCAUCGGCCUUGGUUACAUUCCCUUUAUUCCAAAGCCACGUAGUUGGUUUUGGCAGAUACAAUUCAUUAGAUCUUACCUUGUUGGUGGCUACCAGAGCCUUAGACACAGUAUUUUCAUCAACGUUGUCCAACAUUACCCCAGAUGGCAUCAGCAAGUACGGAGAUGCGUUACUUUUCAUCAUAAGCAGCACCUUAGUCAUGUUCUCUUGGUUUUAUCAUCCUGAAAAAUUACCCCCAGCCUACUCCAAAUGGAUAACUUCAGCAGCCAAUAUGGACCCUGAUUUCAUCGAGGUGUUGAGGUUGGUUAGGAAUAAAGAUUUAAUUUAUGGCCAACACGGCCCAUACGAGGAUUAUUUAACACCAUACUUUGAGAGAUAUGGUAGAGAUCCAAAAGGAGGAAACACCGUAAUAAACCAACCAAUAGACUGUGAAGCUGUACACGCUUUCCAAUGUAAAAGCUGCGAAUUACAUGCUUUGUGGAGAUUCUGGAGAGGCUUUAAGUUUGCAAUGACAGUAUAUGGGCCAUUGAAUUUGUUCAUGUUGGUGUUCCCGCUGCAAGUAAAGACUUCGACACGAUUGCUUAGGGCGUUGAAAUCUUCUUUCCGUUCGUCAUGUUUUUUGGGUGCAUUUAUUGGCCUUUAUUGGUAUGGUGUAUGUUUGGCAAGAACGAGAUUGUUACCGAAAAUGUUUCCCAAAAUUUCAAGAACAAGGUUUGACGAUACUAUCUGUGCUGCGUCGGGUGCUAUUAUGUGUGGAUUUUCGUCAUUCGUGGAGACCGCCCAAAGAAGAAAAGAGUUGGCAUUGUUCGUAGCCCCUAGGGGGUUGGGUGCUUUGGUUCCUUCCGAGCCUUCAAAGAUUAACUUGAAAAUAGAAAGUUUUGUAUUUUCUAUUAGUUUGGCUAUAUUGGUUGCAUUUUCUAGAAAUAGGUCAUCAAGUGUUAGAGGAAUUUUUGGGAAAGGUCUCAAACAGAUAUUUAAUGUCCAUGAAUACAAUUGA